AUGACCGAGCCAAGCUGGCUAAUCUUUGCCCAUGGCAUUAAUCCCGCCAACAAUACCGCGACAAGGCACACCAUCACCGCACUGGGAUGCCUCCAAGACUCUUGGCGUGGCACCCCCAUCGCACCACCCGCGAAUCUAAAGAUCCAGGCUGAGAAUGCCUCCCCAAGCCUCUUGGCAUGGGGCCGACCUGAUGGGUGCAGCAGGAUCAGAUGGUUGGCAAGCCCCUUGGCAUCAGAGGCUAAAGUCAUCCAAAACCGUCUCUGA